AUGGCAUCGAUGAAGUUUGAUCUACCGUUGCUGGAAUACAAUAUGAGAUUUUCGCUGUGGCAAGUCAAGAUGCGGGUGAUUCUGGCACAAUCUUCGGAUCUUGAUGAGGCACUGGAUGGUUUCAGAAGCAAAGGGCAGAAGUCAUGGACCGCUGAAGAGAAGCGGAAGGAUCGUAAGGCUCUGUCUCUGAUUCAACUUCAUCUACAUAAUGAUAUUUUACAAGAAUUGCUGCAGGAGAAAACUGCUGCAGAACUUUGGUUCAAGCUAGAAUCGAUCUGCAUGUCCAAGGAUCUAACCAAAGUAUAUGAGGCCCUGCAGACGAGGGAGAAAAUAAAAGGUAUGGUUCAGUCUGACGUGUUGUCCUCCAAGGGUGAAGUGUUGCAGGUUAGAGGCAGGCCUGAGCAGAAAACCUACAACAAGAACAAUAACCGAGACAAUAACAAGAACGAUAAAGGCCGUUUGAAGUUUAGAGGAAAGGAUAAGUUCUACAAGUAUUGUAAGAAAAAUAAUCAUAUCAUUGAUGUUUGUUGGAAGCUGCAGAUAAAGGCCGUUUGA